UGUUCACGAGAGGUUCUAUUUUCGUUUGCUUUUUAAAAACCCCAAUUUUUUUCAAAACGUUUCUGAAAUUGAAUUUUAAAUUAGACUUGAUUCCAAACAAAUAAAAAAUAACACUUGCAAAUCGAACAUUGACAAUACAAUAUCGUUUUACUCAGAAUUUCUCAUCAUUAUCGCUAAAAAGAAAGCCAAACACGAAUUGGUGUCAUCGCAAUUCAUUGAACUUUCGAAAAAGUUUUGCAAAGGCAAAAAGAACCGAAACAAAAAUCCAGAAAGAAAUUCUGAGAACAAAAGAGAGACAAUAAACGAUUCGACUUAAGUAGUGAGACUUUAUUUUGGCUGCCUGUAAAUGUGUGUAAACAUUUUUUUUUAAAGUCAUAUUGUAAGAGUAUCGUGUGUUAAAUUUGUGGCAUCGCCAGAGCCAAUAAUAUAAAAAAAAACAAAAAAGAAGACGAGAAUUUAGUUUCAUCAGGCAAAACAUUGUAAUUUUUCACAUUGUGUCAAUAACCCGCAUUUUCAGUUUAAAACAACAAACAGCUGACAAGCAAAGAAAUUAUGGCUCCGACUAUCUGUGAAGAUGAUAUGGAUUCAUAUCAAAACAACAAUCGAAUAUUGAGACACCGCUCGGUAAUUAGCUAUGUUGGCCGCCAAGAAAAUCGCGAAAAUCAACCGAGUAAUGAGAAGGACACCUAUAAUCGAUUAGGUGGAGAAUUUGUUCCGUAUUCAUCCGAUCGCCGUAAUAAAAUUAAGCGCUGCAGGCGAGAAACUCGAAUGUCAUAUGAAAGCGAAGAUUCAUCAGACAGUAGUAGUAUUCCAAGUGUUUCAACACCAAUGUCCUUUCAUAAUUAUGCAAAGCGUCAAAAGUUCGUUGAUUCCGAAGAUGACGUAAUCAGUACAUCAAGUGAUACGAAUGAAAAUUCGGUAUCAUCAUCAUUUAAUGAAGAUCUCAAACGAGGAAAUAUACGUGUUCAGCCGUUAAACUAUUUAAUGCCAUUAACACCAUUUUCGCCGGUAUCAUCAACAACUGAUGCGAUGACAAUGUGUUGUCGAUCAAAAAUGUCAUCACCACGCUACAAUAAUCCAUUUUAUCGUCAAGAUUUGAUGGAAAUUGCAAUGAAAACAAUUAUGCUAUUACGAAAAAAUCGCUCGUUGCAUGCCCGACUUCAUCAACUCAAAUUGGAAACGCGUGCAUUCGUUGAUGAUGUGAUGUCGAACCCUGAAAAUGCUAAAUUACGACAAACACCAAACCAAAGCAAUGAAAAAACACACGAACAUUCGAUAAAUGUGUUAACUAUAAAAAAUCAGUGAACAUUUCAUAUCAUCGAUUCAUGCAGCACUUUUUUACACACAAAUAUAUUUGGUGUUUUCAUAUUAUGUUCAGUUUAAAUUAAGUAGAGACAUUUCUCAGCUAUUUCAGAAACGAAGCUUUUUGCAAAUGCUUAAUAGCUUAUAUAUACAAUAGAUAUUCUAUUGCUUAUGUUCAAUUGCUUAUGUAGAUGGUCUAUCACAAAGAAUGGUGUAAGAACAAAAGUGAUGGCAACACGUUUUUAUAAUUAGCGUAAAUGUUUCGUUAUUCAGACGAAUGUAUAGCACAACAAGAGAAUAGGAAACAAUCACAAAAGCAUAGAUAGAAUUGUAGAAAAUGGUGAUCUCGUUGUAAGUUGCAGCAGUGUCUAAUUGCUUUUUAUGACAUCGGUUAUUGUUAUAGAAUUUCUUAUAAUUAGAAUUUAAUUUUUUCCAAAUUUGAAACGUGUAGAACACAAAAUUUUCUAUUAUUUCACAUAAUCUUUAAGGAUGAACUAUUUAACAAAUAAACAAUUGAAAGAUUUUUUUUAUAAAUUA